AUGAUUAACAGGCCAGCCUGCGUGGCGAUAGCUGCCAAAAAGGGGGGAACAAUUUCAAACAAUGGUGGCCAUAAAAACACAAUUGUGAAGGCCUUAAUCGAAAAGGUUACCAAAAUUAAGGAGAAAAAUAAAUUUUUUAACUGCAACGAGUAUUACGCCUUUUUAUUUCGUAACUACGCUAUGCAUAUAUGCCUGGACGACUCUUUCAAGCUGUUUUAUUUGCAAAGUAAAGACGGCUACUUUAGCAAAAAAUUGAUGGGACGCAUAUGCUACAUAAUCAGCAGUGCGUCCAUUUAUAGCUUACUAAAAUUUGGAAAGGAAUACAUCAUAAAUCACCUGUCCGAGUGUAACAUUUACAAGUACAAAUGCGUUUUCCAAAAUGAGUACUAUCAUUUUGUGCACAACCUUUUGCUUCUGUGCUGUCUGCAGUUAUGCGUGCCUUCCAUUUUGGAAAAGCUCGAUCAGGAAAAACAGCAAAAAAUGAGGUUAAAAAAUUUGCACAAAUUUUGUGAUGCCGCUAAUUAUGCAACACCACAAGGUUGGGAAAGUGAAAGGGAAAAAAACGCACCAUGCGAUGUGCAAUUUUUGUCAAAGCUGUACAACUGCUUCUGUGCCAACCAUAUAAGUCCGUUCCCCUUUGUGAAUAAAUUUAUAUGCCAACAUUUGUGUGCAAAUGAUUUGGAAUUCCAUUUGGAGAGACUUACCCUUAGUUCUUUACGUGGAGAAGCCUCCGAGCGAUCCCCCACCAGCUUACACUCACAAAGUGAUAAAAGUGAAUACCCUUUACCCAUAUGUCAAAUUAGCAAAAUGCUGUUUUACCUGUCCAAGAGUGACUUGCAUUUUUACUAUGAAUGUUUUAUAAGUAGGUACUUCUACACCAUACGGACGUAUCUGCUUCGCUUGACUGACGCACAAGUGGGGGAUUCACCCCUGACGCCAGUUAAUAAUGACGGUGCCAUUUCUCACGGGGAAGAAAAAAUUAUAGAUAGGCUAUUAGUAAGCCUAGUGAACUUCUUAUCGUCCUCUUAUAUAAUGGGCAAUAUCGAGGGGAAGACUCAUCCCAUCAGUAUAUGCACCUACAUCACGUUAGUACUAUUCAAAGGGUUGUAUGAUCUCCAUUUCGCCCAUUUUAACUGGUCCAGCUAUGAUGCACUUAAGAAGGAAAAUGUAAAAAGGGGUAAUUUCAUUUUGCUAACGCAGAGGGGUAAGUCUCACUUGCUCAGUGUGUCCUUCGCGAAAAAGUGCUUCCUACUGAUAUACGUUUUGAACAACCUUGUGCGGAAAUUGCCUAAACGAGUCAUACAAAAGUGGAAUAAAUGGAGCGGAGAAAUGAACAGCACGACGAAAAUAGGUAACACCAAUGAUUCAGUUCAGCGCUGCAUGGGGGCGAUAAUACCUAAGCGUAGCCCCAGCCGCGGUAGCAAUGGAACCGAUUGCCCAUACAGAGGAGGGCUACCCCAAAAUAUAGACAAAUGUACGCAGAGAAGUGUAAACAGCUUGGAAGAAUUAUUUCCAAACGGGAAUUUUAAUUUGCUCAGUUUUGUGCAUCUCCCCUUUUUGAAAAUGCUGCAUUUUUACUCGUUACUUCACCAGGAAGGCAACAAAAAUAACGCAAAUGGGAACUGCAAAAAAUCCGUGCUAGAGAGGGAAAUUUUUUCCUUCUUAGAGCAGUACAUAAGAAGGCGCUUCCCCCAAUGGGAGUGCACAAGUGGUGGCAGUUCCCCCAUGGCGUUUUUUACCAUCGAUAUAGAAAUACAAAAAAGGGAGCAGCGAGGAUGCGGUUCAGACGGGUGA